CAUGAUGACAUCUCCAAACUUUGCUUUCUUAGUGGCGUAUUUGCUCUUGGGGAAAAUGGCUGAGACGAACCAUCUUGUUCUGUCCACAACUGCUCAUCAAGACAUUGGAUUUAUAUCAGCUAAUGUUGGUGACAACGUGACUUUGUCAUGUUUAUUCACUGUGGAUGAUUUUAAACUUCACUGGUACAAGCAAACACUGGGUCAGAAGCCACAGCUUAUCUGUGUUGUGCAAAAUACUGGCAAAAUGCACACUUUUUAUAAUGAGUUUAGACAAAAUACACGCGUCUCACUUCAAACUGAUGCUGGUUUGAAUCACUUAAACAUUUCUGAUGUUCAACUUUCAGACUCAGCGACUUACUUUUGUGUAAGCGUUCGGUCAGUUUGGUUUGAAUUUCAAGAAGUCAUCACUGUGAGUGUGGAGGGUUCAAGGUGGAAUCUUCACCCUCUGGUCCAUCAGUCAGAGUCACAAAGACUUCAGCCAGGAGAUUCUGUCACUCUCAACUGUACAGUUGACACAGGAGCAUGUGCUGGAGAAGAACACAGCGUUUACUGGCUCAAGAACUCUCAAGAACCUCACCAUGGAACCAUUUACACCAAAGGAGACAGAAGUGAUCAGUGUGAGAGGAAACCCAACACUCAAACACACACCUGUGUCUACAAAUUACCAAUGAACAGUGUGAAUCUCUCUCAUGCUGGGACCUACUACUGUGCUGUCGCCGCAUGUGGACAUAUACUGUUUGGGAACGGGACCAAACUGGACUUUAAGGAUGAGGUCAAUCAUCGUUUACUCGUAUAUUCAGCAGUCUCCACCCUCCUGAGUGUUUUACUGGCUUUCUCAAUCUGCAUCAUUAACAAGAGAAACAACAGCUCUAGUGCAGAUUCUCAUGCCAUGCUCUCACCGUCCUCCAAAACACACGCAAAGACUCACCAGAAUGAAGACGCCCUGAGGAGACUUGUGAGAGAGGCGGACGACACCUGGACUGUGUGUGUUUACUCUGGUGUAACACAGUAGAGCUGGACACCUUGUUACUGUAUCGCUGUUAAACAUGCAUGUUCACAUUAUUGUUGCUUUAUGUCUGUGGCUACGAUUACCCUGAAAUACUUAUAGCUUUGCAUAUGAUUCUAUGAUGACAUGAUUGUAUGAUGUGACCUCAGUUUCUAACGCCUCACC